UUUUCAAAUCGGGAUCCGUUACCGCUUUGCCGGCCGCCGCCAUUGUCGCGCUCGGAGCCCCUCGGCGCAGGCGGCGGAGGCGGAGGCCGUAGCGGCGGGAUGGCUGACGCCGACAAGCCUGAGGUGCUUAGGGCCGCUGGCGACGACAGCCCGCAUCGGCAGCCCUCGGAGCCGCCGGGCGAGCCCCGGCGAGAACCUCACCCGCCCGAGCAGGAGAAGCAGCCUCCGCAGCACAGCAGCAGCUCCAAUGGCGUUAAAAUAGAGAAUGAUGAAUCAGUCAAAGAAGAGAAAUCUGAAUUAAAAGAAAAAUCUACAGGGAAUAAGAAGGCCAAUAGAUUCCAUCCUUAUUCAAAAGAUAAGAAUUCAGGCACUGGAGAAAAGAAGGGUCCAAAUCGUAACAGAGUUUUUAUUAGCAACAUCCCAUAUGACAUGAAAUGGCAAGCUAUUAAAGAUCUAAUGAGAGAAAAAGUUGGUGAGGUUACAUACGUGGAGCUCUUUAAGGAUGCGGAAGGAAAAUCAAGGGGUUGUGGUGUGGUUGAAUUCAAAGAUGAAGAAUUUGUCAAGAAAGCACUAGAGACAAUGAACAAAUAUGACCUUAGUGGAAGACCAUUGAAUAUUAAAGAGGAUCCUGAUGGAGAAAAUGCUCGUAGGGCAUUGCAACGAACAGGAGGAUCAUUUCCAGGAGGACAUGUACCCGAUAUGGGAUCGGGAUUGAUGAAUUUACCACCUUCCAUUCUCAAUAAUCCAAACAUUCCUCCUGAGGUUAUCAGUAAUUUGCAGGCUGGUAGACUUGGUUCCACAAUUUUUGUUGCUAAUCUUGACUUCAAAGUUGGUUGGAAGAAGCUAAAGGAAGUGUUCAGCAUAGCUGGAACUGUAAAGCGGGCAGAUAUUAAAGAAGACAAAGAUGGCAAGAGCAGAGGAAUGGGCACAGUCACUUUUGAACAAGCAAUUGAAGCAGUUCAAGCUAUUUCUAUGUUCAAUGGGCAGUUUUUGUUUGAUAGACCUAUGCAUGUGAAAAUGGAUGACAAGUCUGUCCCUCAUGAAGACUACCGUUCACAUGACAGUAAAACACCACAGUUACCGCGUGGUCUUGGAGGCAUUGGAAUGGGACUUGGUCCAGGUGGACAACCUAUUAGUGCCAGCCAGUUGAACAUAGGUGGUGUAAUGGGAAAUUUAGGUCCAAGUGGUAUGGGAAUGGAUGGUCCAGGUUUUGGAGGAAUGAAUAGAAUUGGAGGAGGAAUUGGGUUUGGUGGCCUGGAAGCAAUGAAUAGCAUGGGAGGAUUUGGAGGAGUUGGUCGAAUGGGAGAGCUAUACCGUGGUGCGAUGACUAGUAGCAUGGAGAGAGAUUUUGGACGUGGUGAUAUUGGAAUAAAUCGAGGCUUUGGAGAUUCCUUUGGUAGACUUGGCAGUGCAAUGAUUGGAGGGUUUGCAGGAAGAAUAGGAGCUUCUAACAUGGGUCCAGUAGGAUCUGGAAUAAGUGGUGGAAUGGGUGGCAUGAACAGUGUGACUGGAGGAAUGGGGAUGGGACUGGAUCGGAUGAGUUCCAGCUUUGAUAGAAUGGGACCAGGUAUAGGAGCUAUACUGGAGAGAAGCAUCGAUAUGGAUCGAGGAUUUUUAUCGGGUCCGAUGGGAAGCGGAAUGAGAGACAGAAUAGGCUCCAAAGGCAACCAGAUAUUUGUCAGAAAUCUGCCUUUUGACUUGACUUGGCAGAAACUAAAAGAGAAAUUCAGUCAGUGUGGUCAUGUAAUGUUUGCAGAAAUAAAAAUGGAGAAUGGAAAGUCAAAAGGCUGUGGAACGGUCAGAUUUGACUCCCCAGAAUCAGCUGAAAAAGCCUGCAGAAUAAUGAAUGGCAUAAAAAUCAGUGGCAGAGAAAUUGACGUUCGCUUGGAUCGUAAUGCAUAAUUUGAAACCACGGUUGGAACAUUCUUAUAUCUGUUUUGCUGAAUCUCCUAGUAAACGUCAUUUUUUAAGUAAUACUGUCUGCUUACAAAAAGUUGUAAAAAUGAACUUCUAAAACUUCCCACCAGUUUUUAACAGUAUAGUGUUAAAUAUACUGUGAUUUUUUGUUAAUCUCAAGUUUGGGUUUUUAAGACAGCAAGUCUGGUCAUUCAGUUUAAAUGAAUGGUUAUACUAGUUUUAAUGAAGUAAGCCAUUUUUUUGUUAUUUUCAGUUCUGCAUAGUGGGAUUUGUUUGUUAAAAGUGUCCCCAGUUUUUAUCAACUUAUUGUAAGGUAAAGCAUAGAUGGUUUUUUCCAAAACUUCUGUUUAAUAUAUGUAAUUGUCCUUGAAAAGAAAGGGCUCAGACAAAUUAGGAUAUGAUUUUGGUUGACUUUAAAUUACUUUUGUUGAUUAAAAAAUUACUGUAAGGAAGUUUUAGAUCCUGAAGUUCAGAAUAUUUUUUAUUUGAGUUAAAUGAAGAAAUGGAGUUUUUCUUCUUUGCUCUUCCCCAUCAUUCACAUUUUCCACAUAACACUGUUAACAUUAAUCACCACAGCCCCUUAUUUUAUUGUUCCCAAUAAUUCCAAGUUCAUAUAGAACUGAUAAUGUUGUAAGCCCCAAGUACAGUAACAGACAGACUACUCCCAACUUUCUGUCUAGUUUCCAGCCAUUGAGGUGAACUGCUAAGAAAAGGAAAACAAUUGAAAUGUUGAGAAAGAUGGUUAUGUAAGUUAGUCCUCUACUGUUCACUUCUAUAGGAGCAGAUGCAUUUAUAAAUGCAGUUUUAAUAAACCAUGGAACACCUAGGCAUAGCAUAUCAAAGACAUUGGAUCCCACGAUGUUAGACAUAGCCAUGUCUCCUUUGCCUGCAAAAAAAGCAUGUUGUUAAAUGUGCAUACCAAUACUGUAUUUUAUUAAUAAGCUUCAUAAGAAAAAACACUGGAUACUUUUUCUGUCUGUUUUGGGAAAUUGUUGUAUUAGAGCAAAAGUCUUACUGAAUUUGUAUUUUUAAAUUUUAGGGGGUUAGUAUUUAAAGUCUUAACAUUUAUUUAUCUAAUAAUAAUUAUCCUUAUUUAUUAAACCAUUUUUCAAUAAGGUAUAUAGAUUACUUGUUGCUUUUCAUUCUAACAAGGUUAAUUAUGAUUUAAUUCACAUUUCAGGUGAAUAUUAUUUAGGGGAUUAGAUUUAGUGAAGUUAAUCUGCUAUUAAAUAGUAAAUGCUUCCUCCUGAGUUCUUUUUUCUUCAAAGUAUGUUACUGAGGAAAUAUUUUAAAGGUAUCUUUGCUUAGUGUAUUUCAGUCAGGCUUUUAAGAAUGGGCAUUGCAGCUUGAGGGACCCAGUUCUUACCUUUUCUUACAACCAACACACUUGCGAUCGUGUCUGGUAUGCUUGUUCCUGCUGCUAAUAAAGUAAGACCCAUUACUGUAUCUGGAAUUUCUAAUGUUUCCCCUGUAACAAACAAAGAUAUUACAUAUUACAAAUCUUAUAGAUUCACUAACUGUUCUCUGCAGAUAUUUCUUUCCUGAAAAAGAAAAUAGACAUAUUUAGAUUUCAGAACCAAUAUGUACUUAGAUUUUAGGUAGCAAAAUAUUUUAAUAAUAUUGGUGAAUUGGUAACCAAGGUAGCACAGAUUUUUCAUGACAGGUGGUGAUAUUUAAUACACAAAAUUCUACCGAGGAAUAAUUUCCCUAUCUGGUAUGCUUAUAGAAGUUUUGGAUAUCCACUGUUAUCAAGGCUGUUGCUUAAAAUAUGCCAAUAAAUUGGUCAUUUUCUCUUUUCCUUUUUAAAAACAUUUCCUAAAGAGGUCAGAUUUAAGCAAAUUAUUUAUAGCUAUUUUUAGGCUGUAAAUGUGUUAACAUGGUAUGCAUUUUUAAAGUUCUCCUUUAGUGAUAUACCUUAGUUUAGGUGUUUCCUUUGGGAAAUCAUAAAUCUGAGGAAAACAGAAUAGGCUUCUACUUGAGUCUUUCUAACUUUGUGGUCCUGGUUUAAUACUUCUGUUAAAUCAGAUGGCAGUUCAUCAUUUUUCAUAAAUGUAUCCAUUUUGGGAAACAGAAGUAGAAUGCAACUGCUCUUAAUAUUGUAAUUGAAAACUUGCUUUACAAUUCUUUUUUUCUUAAAAAUGUUAAUUAAAAAAAACUUCAAGUAGCAUAUUUAUUGCAUGCUUAUAUAUUGCUAUUGGAACUGUAAUUGGUUGUUAAUUUGUUACUGGUUUGCCAGAGUUCAUAUGUACAUAAAUAACACUAACAUUUAUCAUCUUGGGGACUGUUCUGUGAUCUAGCACUUGAUUUUGUUCUUUUCUUGCUUUCCUGAUGUCAAAUAUGAUCUGGCUGAGAACAUUUAUGGAGAGCUUUAAUAUGCAGGCUAUUGGAUUUUUCCAUAUUAUGCAUAAAAAAAAGAAAUAUUCUUAGAAUAGCAUACUAUUCUAAGUCACAUUAAUUUGAGAAAAGUCAGAGGUCAGGAAACUUUUUUUUUGAAAGGGUGAGAUAGUAAUUUUUUUAGGUUUUGUAGGCUAUACAAUCUGUUGCAGUUAUUCAGCUCUGCCAGUAUAAUGUGAAAGCAUUCAUGGAUAAUAUAUAAAUGGAUGGUCAUGACUGUUCAGUAAAACUUAACUCGCAAAAACAGGAGACUCAGUGAUUUGGGUACACAGAUGGUGGUUUGCUCACCUCUGAUUAAGUCCAUUCAGGUUAACCUUUUUGGGAGAAAUUCCUGAUUUUUUUUUUUGUACAUUGUUUAUAUUCAGUUUUUCCUUCUGAACUAGGAGUUCUUUGGGACUAGAGCUGUUUAUGGUCAGGCAGUUAUGGUUAAAUCUUAAUCAUGAAAGUAGUAGAAACUAAAAUGAGACUUUAUUUUAUACCCUUUUUAUUCAUUUUGUAGUACAUUUGUAUUGCCAUAUUAAAAAACAAAAUGUAAUCCAGUUAAACAGUGAAUACCCAUUGUUUUCUGAAAACACUGGCACCUUGCUAUGUGUUAAAUUAUGGAAUGGGAUUCAGUAUAAGGACUAUCUUGUGGACCCAUGCAAUGUGAUUUAAUUAUUAACAAAACAGAAAUUCUGUGAAUUUGAUAUCAUUUAUAACAUGUUCCUUUGACUUGUACCCCUGCGCUGUGUAAUAGUGACCAUAUAGCUGACAUGUGGUAUACACCUCACAAAACCUGGGUGAGCUUGUUGGUAUAUUAAUAUUUAAUCUUUUUGUAAAUAGCACUAAUCUUUAUUUUUAGUCUUUGCUGAAAAACAAAUUUUCUCUUUAACUAGACUAUACUUAGUGAAUACAUGCUGUACUUAUAUACAACUGAUUAUUUUUAAAUUGUGCUCUUAAGAUAUUAUACAUACCAGUUAUUGUGACCAUCCAGACCAGGAUAUAUGUAAAUGCAGAUAUCCACAGUGCUGACAUAAAAAAUGUUAUCACAAAAUACUUUCUCCAAAACUUUCUUCUACAAUCUGGUGUGGUUAGAAAAAGUAGUAUAAUAAUGGGAAGGGAUAGUACCCAAAAAAUUCUUUUUAAGUCUGCUUCAGGCAUGUUGAAAACACUUGGCGGAUCUGUUAAGGAAAAAUUAAACGAUUCUGAGUUUUCUCAAAUGGCCAAUUAAGUUAGAAAUGUCCAUUUAAGAAGCUAUAUUGAAAUAAAUUAGCUGUAUCAGUUUUUAAGAGGCUAUUUAAAACAUUUGAAUAUCUCAUUACUGAUAUUGCUGGCAAAAAGAAGCUAAUUGAGACUUGAGGGCUGACCAUAAAAUGUGAUACUCAGCAUUUCUUGAUUUGGGGUCUUAAAUCCAUCAAAGUGUUUAGGGUCAUUCACUAAGUAUGUUAGAAACAUAAUGUUUCUCAAGUAUCAGUUCAGCAUCUCUUGAUUUUCUACAAUGUGGAUGGUUUUUAGUAACUUUUUGGGAUUAACCUGGUGUCUUCCCUUAGCAACCCCAGUUGUCUCCACUUCCCAGUAUUGAUGAUACCUCUAGCCUGCCCUAUGUAUCACAAAAUGUAUACUUAGGGAGUAAAAGAUAGCUAUAGCAUAAUCUUUUUAUUAAGUUGAAUAUUUCUGAUUCUCAUUAUAGGUCAUUUUACGGGGCUUAUUUCAUCAUUUUCUUUCAUUAAUUUACUAAACAAAAUUCACCACAAGUCUUAGAACCUUAAGAAAAUUGGAAGUAGUAUUGAAUCUACAGUGUAACUUAUAAAACUUGAGUAUGUUUUUUAAAUUCAAUUUGUUCUAUUAACUUGGUGGAAGAAGUCAAUAAUAAUCUAUUAGAUAAAAAGGAGACUUCACUUUAGAUUGUUUAAAAUUUGUAUGGCAUUUAUGAAAUAUUGGGUUGGCCAAAAAGUUUGGACGGUUUUUUCCAUACCAUCUUAUGGAAAAAAUUGAACAAACUUUUUGGCCAGUCCAAUACUAUGCCCAUAUAUUAGGUCACAUUACAACUAAUAUUAAUGAAACAACUCAUAAUUUUUUUUUCUUUUUUUUUUUUGGCCACAUUGCAGCCAAUGGGCCAGAAAGUAACAGAUAUAAUUUUAUUGUAAUAAAAAAUGUUUGCACUGGUUGUUUUAGUUUCUUGUUAUAAAAUUUAACUUAGAAAUGUGUACUUCUUGUACCUGAAAGACGAGAAACUAUAAUUUUUGUAAGGGGAAAAUUCAUGUUUUAAUUUUUUCAGGUAGUAAAUUACUAAGUUUCCUGUCUAAUGUACUAAGUAAAAUGCAGAAUCUGUUUCUUAAAUCACUUUAUUAAAAAAAAAAAAUCCCUAAAUUUGUAUUUCUGGCUGUAGCUGAAUUUGACUUCCUAUAUACUAAACAUGUUAGUUGUUUAGUAGUGUCCGACUCUUUGAGAUCUCAUGGACUGUAGCCCUGACAGGCUCUUCUGUCCAUGGGAUUCUCCAGGCAAGAAUAUUGCAGUGGGUAGGUCAUUCUUUUCCCCAGGGGAUUUUGGAGGAGGAGGGCAUGGAAACCCACUCCAGUAUUUUUGCCUGGAGAAUCCCAUGGGCAGAGGAGUCUGGUGGCCUACAAGCCCAUCAGGUCUCAAAGAGUCAGACACGACUGAAGCGACUUAGCACACAUACUAUAAACAUUUAUUUACAUGUUUUGCUACUGCUUCACAUGUUUAAAAUUCAACUGUCUCCUUCUUACUUUUUCUUCACACCAGCUCUUCUUCCUAAAUUCCUAGUUUUUGUAAGUGGUAUUCUCAUUUUCUUACUUUGGCAUGAUCAAAAGGCUCAAAAUUAUCUCUGCUCCCAUGUAGCCCUUCAGUUGCCUGGUUUUGGUGAUGCUUCCUCUGCAUUGUCUCACAUCUGUUUUCUUGUAUUCCCACUGCCUUCACCUUGUCUAAGCAUCUGUUAAACACAUCACUUGGUUUAGUAGCCAUGUCUUUUUAUCUCAUAUUUGAGUUCUGGUAAUUUCUCUGCAAACCUGCAGACGCUGUUAAUGUAGCCUUUAGGAAUCUGUUGUAUUCCUUCCUGUCCCCCUUUCUUCUGCUUCUAUUCUGCACAUUCAGUUCUCCAGUUGUGUUAGUACUUGACAGGCCUUUCCCCAUGUUAUUUCUUGGUCAGUCCAUGGAAUGCUGCUUACUUUUAGCUCUGCAUCAUGUACUUAUGACACAUGAAGUCUGAUAAAACUUCAGUAGCUAUUACCAUAAAUCAAGUUGUUAAAAUCUUACUAUUCUACAAGGCUUAGUUUGUCUCUGUGACUCCUAUCUAACCAUCCUCAUCAAAUUUUUUUUACCAUCUGUCCCAUUUAGGAACUGUGUCCCAUUUAGGAGCUUUAAGGAUAGGUCUGCCUCUUGAUCAUCUCUAAAUUCCCAUAGUAUUUUUUAAAUAGUAUAGUACUUGCUGAAUUGAAAUGAAAUUAAGUUUUGCUAGUAAUAGACUUAAUAGUGGUCAUGAUGUGGUUAUUACCUUCACAAACCUGACUAAGACCAUGUAAACUUAAUGAAAGUUGGGAGUAGCCAGAAUCUUCAUGAAAUAUGCCGCUGUCAGUUCUUGAUUGCCUACGGAUGAAUGGUUGAUCCUCAUCUUCCCAUCCCAUCAGUGGCUGUUGUUCACGUCUCUCUUCUAUUGCUUUGGCAAGACAGGUACAGCAAGGACUGCAUUUCUUUAUAAUAUACUGAUUAAUUUUAAUGUCAAAACACAGCACCACAACAUAUAAUCCGUAUAUCAAAAGCAGUAAAGUUCCUUCAUACCUAUAAAUUAGAGAGAUUUGUGUGGUUUUCAAUUUAAAGUGAAAGUUAUUUUAGAGUUAGUAGUUUUGGGGCAGUAUCUGCUUAAUUUUCUAAUGAAGCAAUAGAACAGAAAUAUUCUAGAAACAUUUUGAUUUUGUAGAUGUGUCCAGAUUUGGUUACAACAUUAUUAAAGACUUAUUGAUGAAAGUUCGACACUGUCCUUUUUGUAUUUUAAAAACAAGGAUUACAAACUCAUUCUCAAUUUGUAGAAUCCUUCCAAAUAGCAGGCAUAGAAAGUUCUUUGAAAAUGGUGUUAGUCGCUUAGUCGUGUCCAAAUCUUUGUGACCCAAUGGAAUGAAGCCUGCCAGGCUCCUCUGCCCAUGGAAUUCUCCAGGCAAGAAUACUGGGGUGGGUUGCCAUUCCCUUCUCCAGGGGAUCUUCCCAACCCAGGGGUCAAACCUGAGUCUCCCACACCACAGGCAGAUUCUUUACCCUCUGAGCCACCUGGGAAGCCCUAUUUGAAAAUAAUAGUAAUUACAGAUUUUCAAAAUGAAAGUGAAAGUAAUGAAUAGUGAUGGGGCUUCUCCCCCUCAGUUCAUUGAAAGAAGAUAACAGUUAUAAGAAUAUAGUAUCCCUUCAUUUCAGUUGUUCUGGUAUAGGAAUUCUGUGCUAAAUCAGAAUAUGUUAGACUUUGGCUGAAGCUUUUCAAUUUGCUAUACUGAGAUUUUUUGAUGAUUUUAAUGUAAAUGAGUUUGGCUUGCACCGUUUUCCUAUACUCUGGUUUGCUAUUUAGAGAAUUUUGAUUAUCUGAUACCAUCAUAUUUGAACCUUGCAUUUACCUUUUAUUUUAUAGCUAGUGAAUCACUGCUAUAGCUUGAAAGCACAGAGUUCUUGGUUUCCCUAAUGAAAGGAGCAUUAGCUUGGAUACUCCCCUAGUCAUUGUCCCCUUGCAGACAACUGCUAAAUCCCAGAAGCACUUCUGUUGUAACCAACAGUCUUUCCUUGGGAGACAGACUAGAUUUCAGGAAGAUUCACUUUGAAAAUUUACUCCCUGCUAGGUCUGAAGUUUCUUGAUAGCAGGUAUUAGAGCAGCACUGCCAAACUAGUAUCCCAGAGGGUGCCAUUGACAUCCACCAUCAGGCAGUGUGCAGUCUGUGUGUGUUUUACGUUUAUUCAUCUGUUCAGACUCAUGUCAUAGUGAUUAACACCUGACAAAUACCUGGUACGUGUUAGCUGAAAAAGUGACUGUUUCUGUUUUCUUAGAACGACAAGGCAUGGGGAGAUUAUAAAUAAAACAAAUAGUUUUUAGUCUUGAAACCUAAAACAUUUUUAAUUUUUAGAGGAAGAGGGCUAUAGUUCUCAUACUAAAUGAACAUCAGGGGAAAAGUUGGAGGAAUUUAAAGGGACUUUGUUUAUUUCUUUGGCAUCUCUCUAAUUGUGUGAUCAUGGCCGCUUCUAACUGAGGAAAGGUAAACAACCCAAUAGAUGAAAAAGCCACCAGUUGGGGCUUUAACAGAUGUCAAAAGUUGGGAAACUUUAUGAGAAGGUAGUCAAUGGGGAGAAAGAAGGAUGGUUACAUCUACUGGUUAGACAAAAAGAAAGACUGAUUUGACUGAAAAAUUGGAAAGGGAGAACAGCCCAACCAACAACUGUGAUGAGAAGGUUAGCUCAGAGAUCUACGGGAAAAAUGCAUGGACAUGGUAGAUGAUUGAGAAGUGAAAGAAACAACAUUUCUGAAGAAAAAGUUACUAAACCAGAAUUUUAUAAAGAUAUUCUCUGUAAUUGUUUUACAUAAGAGUAAUGAUUGUUUCAAGCUUACCAGUAAACUUGGUUGUCAAAUAUUAUGGCAAGAAGUGCUGCUAUACUGAUAGCAUAUGCCGCACAGUCUCUGAAUAGGGGCCAACAUGAUAGCGUUGAAACCUGUAAAAAUAAUUAGUGUUUCCAUUACGCUGUUAACUUCUUCAAGUACUUGCUUAGUGUAAUACUAAAAUUAUUUGUAUAUUUGUAGUUAAACAUUGUUAUCUUUUGCAUAUUGCUUUUAGAGAAAGGAAUUUUAAGAAAAAUUGUGUUUCUAAACCUAGUCUGAUUUUCAUAAAUUUGACCAAGAGGUAUUUGUGGGUUAACUUAAAAUUGAAUACAUGUUGUUUUUCUACUGAUUAAUAAACGUAAUUGAACACAU